CUAUUGCCUUACUAAAGACUUAUUACUAGCUCUGCUUUACUGCACUAUAUAAGAAUUUGACAUACUAGCUUUUUUUAUGUACUAAAACUAGUCUCAUACUUCAAAAAUGUAUAAGCCAGUGUUUUACCUUGUUGUUCACUUUUCACUACUCCUAGUAGCACCAAUUUCAUCAUUCUCAAUUAUCACUAGUUUGAGUCAAGGUUCCUCUCUUUCUACUUCCCAAGAUACAGUGAUUUCAUCGCCCAACGGUGAUUAUGCAGCUGGUUUCCACGCAGUUGGUGAAAAUGCCUAUAGCUUUGCUAUAUGGUUUAGCAAUUUAGUUGGUGAUGACAAAAAUUACUCCAUAGUCUGGAUGGCUAACAGAGACAAACCUGCGAACGGAAGGCACUCGAGCCUUUCCUUAACCAAAUCGGGCAAUCUUGUUCUUACUGAUGCUGGCCAGCGCAGACUUUGGGAAACUGAGACGCAAUCAAAUGCCUUUGUUGAAUUGGAACUCCUGGACAACGGCAACCUUGUUCUUGCAGCCUCACAAGACAAAAGUAUUAUUUGGCAAAGUUUUGAUACACCAACUGAUACACUCCUUCCAGGACAAGCACUGAAUGAAAAUUCGAAGCUUGUGUCUCUAAGAAGCUCAACCAAUUAUUCAUCAGGCUUUUACAAGUUACACUUUUCUGAUGAUAAUGUUCUCCAGCUUCUUUAUAAAGGCUUAGAGAUGUCAGGUGUUUACUGGCCACCCACAUAUAUGACAAGCCAGCAAGCUAAGAGAAGUAUCUACAACAAUAGCAAAAUUGCGAUGCUCGACCGUUUGGGUCAAUUUAACUCGGCCGACAAUUUCAGCUUUAGAACUGUUGAUUAUGGUGAAGGAGGCAUCCAAAGAAGAUUAAAACUAGAUAUUGAUGGGAUCAUCCGAGUGUACAGCCUGAAUAAGCAGAGGACUAGUUGGGAAGUUUCUUGGCAGCUUGCUUGGGAACCCUGCAGGGUUCAUGGACUCUGUGGGUUGAACAGUUUUUGCACUUAUAGACAUGAUUCUGGUAGGACAUGCACUUGCCUACAACAUCAUAAGAUGAAAAAUGUGACGGAUUGGUCUUAUGGAUGCAAACCUGAUUUUAAACUCUCUUGCCCUGAUAGCAAUAGGGUGGAUUUUGUUCAUCUUCAUCAUGUUGAAUUCUUCGGGUAUGACGUUACAUAUGAUACAAAUGUUACCUUGGAUAAAUGCAAACAAAGAUGCUUACAUAACUGUGAUUGCAAAGGAUUUCAAUUCAACUAUGUUACAGAUGAUGGCGUCUAUAACUGCUAUUAUAAGAGACUGUUCUUCAAUGGGUACCGCUCACCAACUUACAAUUAUUCAAUUUAUAUUAAAAUGCCCAAGGAUGUACGUGGUCCAGAUGAGGAAGAUCCCAUAGGCAAAUUGCAGUGUGAAAGAAUACACGAAGUGUUGCUGGAAAGAACUUACAGACGAAAAGAGCAGCAUGGAUGGUUAAAGUCAUUUAUUGGGUUUACUGUUGCACUUGGAGUGUUCGAGAUCAUAUGCCUCGUCUCUUAUUUGAUUACAACCCUCAAACGCUCUAAUGCAACAUUUGAUCAGGUUUAUAUUCCAGUUGUCAAUAGGUUCAAGAGAUUCACCUAUGCCGAGCUGAAAAAAGCAACUUCUAAUUUCAGAGAUGAAAUUGGACGAGGAAGUGGCGGUGUCGUGUACAAAGGCACAUUAUCGGACAACAGAAUAGCAGCCGUCAAGUGUCUCAAAUUAGAAGCUAACCAAGGAGAAGCUGAAUUUCUUGCAGAGGUGAGCACAAUUGGCAAGCUUAACCACAUGAACUUGAUAGACAUAAGUGGUUAUUGUGCCGAGGGAAAACACAGGCUCCUAGUGUACGAGUACAUGGAGCAUGGUUCUUUAGCAGAUAAUUUACAUGCCAACAAUAGUCUUGAUUGGCAAAAGAGGUUCGAGAUAGCUCUGGGAACGGCAAAAGGUCUUGCUUACUUACAUGAAGAGUGUCUAGAAUGGGUUUUGCAUUGUGAUAUAAAGCCUCAGAAUAUUCUCUUGGACACAAAUUACGAGCCAAAGGUAGCUGAUUUUGGUCUCUCAAAGCUAUUAAACCGAGGUGGAAUGGACAAACUAAGUUUUUCCACAAUAAGGGGGACAAGGGGUUACAUGGCCCCUGAAUGGAUUUUUCACCAUCCCAUCACCUCCAAAGUUGAUGUCUACAGCUAUGGAAUAGUACUGCUAGAAUUGAUCACCGGAAAGAGCCCAAACCGAGCUCAAUGUAAUAACGUGGAUAAUGAUGAGAUGCAAGAUAUGACAAUGCUUGUUACUUGGGUUCGAAAGAAGAUUCAUGGACUGGAGCAAAGUGCCUCACAAAUUCAACAAGUUGCUGAUCCUGCUUUGGAUGGUAAUUACAAUGUGGAGAAAAUGGAAGUUCUUAUAAAAGUGGCUUUGCAGUGUUCAGAAGAAGACAGAGAUGCAAGACCUACAAUGAGCCAGGUGGUGGAUAUGCUACAAGUGUAAACAAAAAUAUUUAUGUAGAAGUAGUUGCACGCUUGUUAUAGCCUAUUAGACCGGCCUGCUUCUUAUCCAACAACUCACCUAGACCCUAUAGGUAAGUUAUUUUUCAGUUGUCUAAUUUUCUGUUCAUUUUACGAUGAGUUUUAGCACCAUGUGAUGGAUAUAAUGUAUAACCAAAAUAGAUAAAUAAAAGUAUAAAAUCUCAUAGUUUGGAUUAAGAAAUGUAUUUUUGGACAAAGUUAUUAGACUUCUUGAAUGUAAGCAUU